AUGCACCGGAUUCGCCCACACAUGAGGACUAUUGCUGAGCAAUCGAACGUACCCGGAUUCGCAGAACUUACUAACCUUCGUAUCUGUGAGGAGAAGCAGCCAAUCGCCUUUACUCAGUGCUGCACCAGACCGCGUAACGGCGCUGAAGUGGAAACUCGUGAUCGAGCAGCCACUGAUGGUGUCUUACUGUCUGACACUAACAGUUCACCGUAUUUCAAGCGGACAGUCUCAUUUCGAAUGGUGCAUAAUCUUUUCUACGUUUCCCUAUUCGUUUCCCCACUUUCGUUUGAAUUUAUGUCGUACCCACCAUAUUUG